AUGGCGCACGCGGCAGCCGCCGCCGCCGUGCCGCUACGUCGUCCGCUCCUCUUCCUCAAGGAGGCCCGCCUCCUGUCCUCACUCGCGGCCCCCUUACCUGGCCUCCGCCACCCUCGCGCCCUCCGUCCCGCAGGCCGCCCCUUGCCCUCCGAUGCCGAGGACACCGACGAUCCAGACGCCGGCGGCGGCGCCGGCGCCGCCGCCGUGUCCUUCAAUAAGAGCCGCAACGAGCUGAAGCGGGAGGCCCGCCGCGCCGUGAAGUGGGGAAUGGACCUCGCCAACUUCUCCCCGCCUCAGAUCAAGCGCAUCCUCAGUGCCGCGUCGCUGGAGCGCGAGGUGUUCGAUGCGCUCAUGCUCGUGAAGAAAUUUGGGCCGGAUGUGCGGGAAGGAAAGAGGAGACAGUUCAACUACAUCGGAAGACUUCUGCUGCGCAAUGCACAACCAGAAUUGAUGGAUACUCUAAUACAGGCUUCCAAGGAUGGAGAUGAGAGCAAGUUACAUACCUUACUUAGUGAAGGUACAUUGUUGGUGGAAGAGGAGGAAGUGGAGGACCUACCUGACGAAGAAGAGGACAAUCAAGAGUAUAUGAAAAUUGCAGAUAGAUGGUUUGAUGGCCUCCUUUGCAAAGACAUUUCGGUUACUAAUGAAGUUUACUCUAUCCAUAGUGUUGAAUUCGAUCGUCAGGAACUGCGAAAGCUUGUGAAGAGAGCUCACAUGGUCCAAGAAAACACGCACAAUAAAGAUGGGGAAGAUUCUAAUGUGAAGCUUUCUGGAGCAAAGAAGCCACUUAUGAGGUUCCUUCGUUCCCUAGCAAAGGAGGCUUAUGCUGCUGCAUAG